AAAAACUCUCCCUCCGACAGAUCGACGCAUCUUUUUGCUGUGCAUUCCUGCUAAAACAGGGAGAGCGCGAUAAUCGAAGUGAAAAAUAGUGAUUUAUUUACUACAAGUGCUAUAUUUAGGCUAACUAACCUGCUCGAACGUGUCCUCCCGGAAUGGCUCCAGUGAAGAAUGAGGGCGAAAGUGACGGCGACAUGUCCGGGGCCGAGUCGGACCACUCGGCCUCGAGCCGUGCUCGAUCCGCUCACGAUUCCUCGGCGGAAGAGGCGGACGAGCCCGAUUCCGAUGAUUCGUCCGAGAUGAGCGAGGGCGAGUGCGAACGGCGUCGGUCCGACUGUCUGGACAAUCUCACAAACCUCGAAAAGCAAUUCACGAUCCUGAAGGAACAACUGUACAAAGAAAAGAUGAAUCAGGUGGACCAGCAGCUGCAGGACAUCCGGGGCGGUCGGUCGCAGGAGUAUCUGGCGCCACUGCAGCGGCUUUCGGACCAAAUGAACAGUCGCAAAGAGGUGGCGGAAAUCCUCAAGAACUUCCGAAUGGACAACAUCCGGCACAAGUUUGAGUCGGAACUGCAGGCAGCACGACAGCAUUUCGAGAGCGAAAAGCAACUUGCCAUGGACGCCAUCUACGAGGAGCUGAUGGAGAAGAUUCGAAGACUCGAGGAGGACCGCCACAACGUGGACAUUUCAUGGGCCGACUGGGGCACCAGCACACGAACGUCAAAGGUACGAGGCCCGGGCCGCAAGAAGGCCGUUACCGUGUCAGGACCUUAUGUCGUUUAUAUGCUGCGCGAAGAGGACAUCCUCGAGGACUGGACGGCGAUAAGAAAGGCGUUGAAACGUUCGACGGCGGCAGCUACCUGAUAUUUAGUGUAAUAAUCGCCUUGCGUCAUUUUAAGAUUAUAUUUUAAACAUUUAUUUUUUGCUAGCAGAGAAGAGAUCGUAUAAAUGAGAAUGUUCAAUCGAAUUACACAUUAAGAUAUUCUUAAUUCUACCACGUAGUCCAACCCUUAAUAAGUUCGAUACGAAAAAGUGAAUGUGUAUCGGAUGAGUUUUCUCUUUUUGUUUUUAUGUAAUUUGUCAAAUUUGUAUUGCUUUUUCUAACGUGGCAAUGAAUAAAAUAGCUAAAAAUAAUCGCGUUCUAAGA